CUGAAAAAACACAACGCAUGCGAAACGCAUGGCCAUAUUUGAUAGGGGGAUCUGAUGAGCUUUGUGGCAACCGCUGACAAACCAAACCAACCACUCCAGUCCAGAGUCCACUCCCCCACACUUUCCUUUUUUUCUUCUUCAAAUCAGUUUAGUCAGUUACUGUUAGAAGCGAGAAAUGCAGCUGCUUUUAUCUCUAACUUCACCCCCUACGCCUUGUAGUAAUGCUGCCUCUUGCCUCUCAAUGAAGAGAAACAUAAACCCAGUUCCCAAAAAGCAGCAACAACAACAAGAAGUAAAGUAUUUCCAUUUCAAGAACUUGGUUCCACCUCUAAUAAUGGCCGCACUUGUAGCCUUAUCUCCUAUCUGCCACACCCCAGUUUCAUUUGGGCAAACCAUAGAUGUACAAAGAGGAGCGUCUUUGUUUCGUCGAGCUUGCAUUGGGUGUCAUGAUGCAGGCGGAAAUAUAAUCCAGCCGGGAGCAACACUUUUUACAAAAGAUCUUCAAAGGAAUGGAGUUGACACUGAAGAGGAGAUAUACCGUGUGACAUACUAUGGCAAGGGAAGAAUGCCUGGCUUUGGAGAGAACUGCACGCCAAGGGGCCAAUGCACAUUUGGAGCCCGUUUGCAGGAAGAAGAGAUCAGGCUUUUGGCCAACUUUGUCAAGUUACAAGCUGAUCAAGGGUGGCCAAAUGUAGAAACUGAAGAAGAUUGACUCCAGCAACUAAAAGCUUGUCAAUCUAGCUUGCCAUCGCCUCUGCCUCAGCCAUCAGUCGAUUCAGCCUCCCUUUCGCUUUCGCCCUCCCUCUCUCCUCCACCACUGACCCUUCGCCUCCCACCCCCAACAGACGACAGCAAUGGAAGAUUCGGCUAUAGCAAUGGAAGACCCAACGGCAGCAAAUUGGGUGGCAACAGUGGCAGCAGAUCGGGCGGCAAAUCCGACUUCGUUGGGCAUUUCACGUGAGUUUUUUGUUGAGUAUGGUUUUGGUUGGGUUUUCUGGUGGGUAUGGACUGUUUUUGGGUUGGGUUUCCCGAUGAGUUUUGAUUGAUUUUGAGUUGGGUUUUUCAGUGGGUUUGUCUUGAUUUUGAGUUAGAUUUUCUAAUUGCUUUUCCGCUGAUUUUGGGUUAAUUUUUUGUUGAUUUUGGGAUUUUUUUUGUGCUAGGUUGCGGUGUUUGGUGGUGGCACUGGGUUUGGUGGUUAUUUUCUUCUUCCUUCUUAUUUUGCCGCGCUAGUUUGUUGUGUCUGAUAGAGGAGAGAGAAAAAAAGAAUUAAAAAAUCAUUUAUACGGUGAACAAUAACCGUGCAUAAAUGCAAGGUUACUGUUCAUUUACACGGCCAUGGUGUAUAUUUACACAUCUUUACAAGGACUGAUGUGAGUAUUUUUCGGGUUAGAAUGUGUAAAAUUGGUACUUUUUUGUAUUUUAGAAGAUUAUAGAUAAGCUAAUGUGGUUGCUCUUAGAGGCGUCAAUUCACCCAUCACCAUCUCUAUAAAAACUAAAACAAUCUCUUUGUCAAUUAGCAAUUUGUUGUAGAGUGUCCCUUCCUUUGCAUUGAAAGUUGUGUCUGCUGCCCUCAUUAAAUUGACUUGAAAAAUUCCGUGUACAAUGUGGAAAAUUUUGAAUACAC